CUGCAUGAAUGAAAUAACCUUUUGGUAUUGUGCAGCAUGGAUUUUCAUAGUGUCUGAGAAAGAGCCAGAUUGUAUCAGCCUUCAGUGGCAGAACUAGGUUUCUUCAAAGUUCCUGUCCAUUAACCACAGAUAUUUACUGUCAUCUGCCUGGCUGAAUGAAUUAGUCUACAUGAGACUCAUGCAGAUGAGUCACCCAUACAAACCUGAAUCACUACUUCAUACACUGGAUUUAAAUUUAAAAUAGACAAGAGAUCACUUCCCAUGUCUUUUGUGAGCCCUGCUGAUACAACAAGCCAUCAGAAGUGACAGUAGGAAGAGCACCAAGGGGAGAAUCACGGUCUGAUUCAAGAUCGGCUACAAGUCGACAUUCGUGUUGGUGGUUCUCAAGCAAUCGGAUGUCUCCGAGGGAGCUUGCCUUCUCCUCAGGCAGAGUGUGGGCUGAUGCUUUGCCACUUUACACACCUACUUCCUGCAAUCCUGGCAAUUACCAAUAGUGUAAAACCCAGUUUCUGACGUGGCUGACUCAGCAAGGGCUUGGCUCAAAACAAAUUCAUACGCACAAGGAACUGCAGCCUGGGAAGCAGUGACAGGAGGCAAAUGAAGAGAAAGAGGCAUCAUGGAUUUUUAGUGUUCUGGGUCCAACCUGGCUGAACUGUCCCUGGAUUUGCUUCUCCCAACGUCUCCUCGUAUUGGUGAACGUGGUGGUCACAGUUCUCUCCGAGUGCUUCAGCAGUUUCUCCUCUGUUGGACUCAGGUGCUGCUCCCACACAGACUACAGGAACAAGGAAGGAAGAGGUUGUUCCUGUUCCGUGUGAGUUGUUGCUGAUCCUGCAACUGAAGUCCAGCAUCUGACUAUUGAGCAGUCAGCAGUUCCUUUCACUGCCUUUCAUCAGCAUGGAUACCUGGAGGAGAGGGUCCAUUAAGUCCACAACGUUCUUCAGGCGUUUCUCACUCAGGAGACACAAAAAGCUGGGCAACCAAGUCAUCAUCUUGAAUCAGAACAGCCACACACUCGACAAUGAUGGACAGUGCCAGAAGAGGGAAUGCUUAAGGGAUCUGAAGGACAAGUCUGAUUACCUGUCAUGUCAAAGCGAGCAAAACCUAGCCAAGGCACAAGCACCUCCCAAGCCUCCCCGGCUGUACCUGGACAGUUCUAGUUGCCCUAACAUCAUUGAUCACACAGAUUCUCACUCCGACAUCUCCUUUUCUGGUGCUACUCAUCAAUACCAUAAAGCCACUCAAACUCACUUCCACAAGGACCAGGCUACAGACUGCGGGACCUCAGAGACAGGUUCCCAGAAUGGCACACCUCUUUCUGAUCUGUCUGAUCCCUUCCUGUCCUUCAAAGUGGAUUUGGGGCUAUCGCUUCUUGAGGAUGUUCUGCAGACCCUCAGAAAACAGAAUCCAAGAGAUUAUGCCAUUUGAAGGUAUUUACCAUUUAAUGUAUCACAUUUACCUACUGACAUUGCCAGUUUCGCUAGUCCUGACAGGAGGAAGGAUACUGCAGUGUCCCUGUUCUGAGUAGCCUGUUUUGUUGUUCUUGCCUAACCCAUUACAGACUGUUCUUGUCCUUGCUAAGGAGUCCUUUGGAGCAGAGCUGUCAGGCUGCAUGCCUAGCUGAGAGCACUGUCUGCUGGAACCUCAUGAGCGAGUUUCCAUUCUCUGCAAUGGGAAUUUCCCAACCUUGACUGUGUACCUUCUCCUCAUGGAAGAAUGGACUUGUUUGGCAAAGGACUUAUUUUGGGGAUGUGGCUGUGACUGUGCGGAGCAUGAAAGGGAUGUGGUGUACACCAUUUGUGGAUAACCAGGCAGCUUACAAGGAGACAGCAGUGCUGCCAUCUCAAAGCCACAGCUAUAGCAAGGGUCAAAAGACAGAAACUGGUGUUUUUUCUCCCACCACAUUUGGAUGCAGAAGUCAAAGAUAUUCCUCCUUUUUUUUUUUUUCUUGUGGCUUUCUCUUCCCCUAAUUCAAGUGCAGUUGGCACUCCCAGGCUGGAAACAGGUAAGCAUCCAUAAAGGCUCAAAAAACAACAACAGCAGUUUAUUUAUCUACUAGCAGGAGAAGAAAUUUCCCUAGAUACUGCUGCUUGAAGCAUGCACUGAUCUAUCAGCUGUACAGAUAUAAAAGAAUAAAUGUAUCUGUGAUUGGAA